UACAGUGUAAUUCUUGAGGCAGGUAUAAAUUGUUUACCAUCUGGAUCAGUGAGGCAGGAAAUACUGUUUUUAGAUUUGCAGUGUUUAGUACAGUGUAAAACAGCAACUAUUUGAAUCGGGUUAUAAUACAUUUGUGGUGUUUGUCUAAACAAAAUUGCCUUCAAAACAAUAACUAGACUCAUCUAGACUGGAGUGUUUUCUUGAAGUAGGCCUACAGCAGAGCAACCAUGUGGACCCAUGACAAUAUCCGAUUUUUAUUGAGAGUGUAUGGAAAGGCAUCUGCCCAAGGGCGCCUAGAUGGUACACGGAGAAAUAAUUCAGUAUACAGAGAAAUAGCUGAUCGGUUUAAAAAAGAUUUAGAUGUGACAAUGUCAACCACUCAAAUUAUAAAUAAACUAAAGAAUCUCAGACGCGAGUAUGUGAAAGCAAAAUCCAAUAGCAAAUCGGGAUGGACGAAAGCGUCUAUACCAUUUUACGAUGAAAUUGACCAGAUUGUUAAGAGAAAGAACGUUCAGGAGAACCAUGAGGUUGACAAUGACAAAGACAAGUCUGAAAUGUACCAGGAAAAAGAAGGAAGUUUAACAGCUGAAGGUGAAGAAACAAGUAAAGACAAUGAAAGCGAGAUUGAUUACAGAAUGGAGAAUUUGAUGGCAGAUCUGCCAGAUGAUGCUGAUACACAAGAUGAACUGGAAUAUGAUGAUGAUGAUGAUGAAGAAGUACCAUUUCCAGCAAAAAAGACAAGAAAAAGCAGGCUUGAGAUAGUAUUGGAUUCAAUGCUUGCAAAGUUGGAGGAGCGAGACAAAGCUUUUGAAGAGUGCCUAAUGAGGCACCAAACACUGAUGCAACAGAGGAAUAUGGAGUGGCAUGAAAGGAUAAUGGAGAGACAACACCAGCAAAUGAUGCAGAUCUUACAGGUUGUCAUGCAGCCGCAAAGACAGCAUCAUGUUCCUUGUGUUUGUCAUGGAAACAUUAGUUUGCACGAUGCUAACAAUCACAAUUCAACUUCACAAACUUGUGCACCGACACAACCUAAUAUACCAACUCAACCUGUACCAAUACUAUGUAGCUUAUUAACACAACCUAGCGUGCCAACACACCCUAGUACACCAACACAACCUGUGGUACCAACACAAAGUGGCUCGUCAACACAAUCUAGUGGGUCAGUAAAACCUAGCACAUCUACUGUACACAACAUAGUGUACCAACACAGCCUAGAACACCAAUAAAGCCUACUGUACUAACAUAACUUAGUUUGCAAAUGUAACCUAUGGUACCAAUGAAUUCUAGUACAACAAUGAAGAGCAGUACGUCAAGACAACCCAAAACACAAAACAAACACAACCUGUCAUACCAACACAACCUAGCUUUACCAUUGUAACCUAGUGUACCAAUACUACCACCUAGUGUACCUACACAACCUGUCCUACUGUACCAACUCAAACUAGCUUACCAAUGUUACCUAGUGUACCAACACUACCACCUAGUGUACCAACAAAACCUGCCAUACCAACACAAUGUAGCUUUACCAAUUUAACCUAGUGUACCAACACUACCACCUAGUGUACCAACAGAACCUGGUAUACCAACACAACCUAGCUGACAAUCACAACCUUUUAAACCAUCAAACAUUUACAGUAGCAGAAUUCCUUACAAAAUUGGAAAAUGUAAUUUUUUAAACAAUAUGCAACGUCUUCUGAUAUAUUCAAGUUUUUUUUUUUUAUUAUAAAAGGAUUACUUAUUUUGAAAUUUUAAUUGUAGUAAGUAGUUAUUAUUAGUUUCAUUUUAAUUUUUUAAUUUUGUAUGUAGAUUAAGUAAAUACAUGUAGUUGUUUUGAUUAAUUAGUAAAUACUGUAGUGGUAUGUUUUAUUUUGAGAUUUUCUUUGGAUAUUAUGAAUUAUUAUGAAGUUUCUUGUUUUAUGUAUAGUAGAUCUAGUUCACAGUGUGUUGAAAGAACAGAAGCAUGUUAUGUACAAUAGUAGAUUGAUAGUAUAUUGGAUGUAAUUUGCUGUAGCCAGUAAACACAUCCUGACCUGCCUACCUCUCCAAAUCCUAGCAGUUAAUUUCAGAUUAUUUAUCAGACAUUCCUUUAGCACAAAAUGUGAAGUCCAUGAGCCCAGUGGGUAUUACAGUAGGAGGGAUACCACUAGGUAACACCUUAACAUGUUGGAGUGGAGUGGAGUAUAGUGGUUAACAAUAACAUGCUUGAAAAAUAACUCCACUCUCUAGCCUCAAAAAAAGACUUGAUGUAUAUGUUAUACUAAUAUUGACUGCUCAUGAGGGGAAUGGUGAAAUCUAUUGCCCAGAGGUAAUGUGGAAAUUGUGGCCCGAUGGAAGAUACACGUAGGCUACGGUUUCCGCAUCACCGAGGGGAAAUAGAUUUCACCAUUCCAGAGCAGUCAAUAUUUGUUUUGUAUACCUCAUACAUAUAUUCUACGAGGUGUAAAAAAGUACUUACUUACUAGCCUAGCCUAGAGGCCUACUAACUAGGGCCUAGGCAAUCAGAGAGUGUUUCUAGCUCUUAUCAUUUCCUCAUUUUCAAACCAUCCUCUUGCAAUAUUUGUCAACUAUUGACAAGACAUAUUUAAUUUGUCUUUUGGUGCUUUUGCUAUCUGCUUCGUCAGGAAGUAUAGGCCUAGGCUAGUCCUUCUUCAUCUAGGAGCUCGAACCAACAGCCUCCAUAAUUAUUGUUUAUCGUCUACUCGCUGAUCUGUGGUGUGGUCAAGGGCCAAUCUCUUUCGUAGUAGAGGUCGCACUCCCCUCUACCAUCAAUGCAAUGGUGGGGCCUAGAGUUCGCACCAUGCAACAGGUAAAAAAAUACUAUUUUUCAGGGGAAUAGUACUUGUUAAGAACAAUAGUACUUUCUGUUAUUAUUAUUUAUUAUUAAAAAGCAUUCAUAUAGCAUAGCGCCUUUACACAAAAAGAUCAAAGCGCUGUACAUCAAAACCCCUUAUUAUAAAGAUAAAAAUAAGUACAAUAUUUUAAAUCAAUUAAGUUAAAUCAAGUACAAAUUACAACAUUCUGCUGCUUCUUAAACCAAUCAGAUGCCUACAAUCUAUGUAUGGGGUAUAUUAAUAUAUAUAUAGAGAGCAUUGUCCCUCCUGUAAUUUGCAAGUUACUGCUGUUGGAUGCGAAUUAAAUAAAAUAUUUAAAAAAAACAUCGGAAGAGUGUAUGGUAAGUGACUUUAUGAAAGACAUUUGUAACCUCAUACUCUACAAAUUUGAAAAACAAAUUAAAUUAAUAGAAAAAAAAUUAUUUUAAUUAUAGCACUAUAACAAUUUAGAAUAAUGCAUUAAUUAAUAAAUACAAAAAUACAGUAACAUUU